GUACAGUUCUACCCUACCUCAAUAGCUUUACGUCGUCGACUCGGGUCGCACCCUUUAGGGACCCGCGCCGCAUUCUCCAGCUUUCCCCUCCACCAAGCUGUUCCCGCCUUCGUCAACCGAUUCUCUACCUGCCAUCCUCGUUUGCAGUCUCGCGGGCUACGCUGCUCCCCUCUUACCACCCACCCGCAUCGGGCUCGGUUGACGACGUCAUUACAACAAUCAACAUCGCACACCGUCUCAAGGCACACCUGCCGCCAACAGUCGACCAUGGAGUCCUCCAACGUACCUUAUCGCAGCCAGGAUCCCAGCGAGGUGGCUACUAUGAUCCGCGCGCUGGGCUCUGGGGCCUCGAAAGCCCGGGCUAGGAAGACCACCUACAAGGUCAAGGGGUCACCUACCGGCAUCACCGUCGAUUCCUGGCGUCUUCAUGACUGGAACUACAAGAAGUCUGGUCUACCCACUUACGCCCGCGGGCUGUUCACUGCCAAGACCAACGGAGGCCAGGAAAUUGCUAUCAGGGGUUACGACAAGUUCUUCAACAUCUUCGAGGUUCCCGAAACAAGAUGGCCUACCAUACUCAAGUGCACCAAAGGCCCGUACGAGCUCACCCUGAAAGAGAACGGCUGUAUCAUAUUCAUUAGUGGCCUCGAGGACGGCACUCUCCUGAUCUGCAGCAAGCAUGCUACCGGAGAUCGCUCCGAUGUCGAGCUCAGCCAUGCUGGCGCCGGCGAGAAAUGGAUCGACAGGCAGCUAGCCAGUCUGGGCAAGACUCGACAAGAGUUUGCUCAGGAACUGAGGCGGAGAAACGUGACCGCCGUUGCCGAACUCUGUGACGACGAGUUUGAGGAGCACAUCCUCGCCUACGGCCCGGAUGUGGCUGGUCUCUACCUCCAUGGUAUCAACGUCAACGUACCCGAAUUCCUGACGUACUCUGGAGAGCUCGUCCACCAGUUUGCCGAGGAGUGGGGCUUCCGUAAAAUUGGGCUCCAGCUGUUUGACGACGUCAACUCUGUCAAGUCUUUCCUGGAGACGGUCGCCGAGACUGGUUCUCACGAUGGCCGGCCCGUCGAGGGAUUUGUUAUUCGCUGCAAGAUGUCAACCGACCCGGACAAGAAACCCUUCACUGACUGGUUUUUCAAGUACAAAUUCGAAGAGCCGUACUUGAUGUAUCGACAGUGGCGAGAAUGCACGAAGGCCAUGAUCGCCGGCGAGACCCCAAAGAUCCGGAAGCAUGUGAAGAUCACGCAGGAAUACCUCGCGUACGCACGAAAGAGGCUCGCAGCCGACCCCAAACUAGGAAAGGCGUAUCAAGCGAACCACGGUAUUAUCCCUCUCCGUGAUGACUUCCUGGCGUUCAAGCACUUGAAGGGCUCCGAGGCAGCCAACAUCGCGGACGAACGUGACGACAAAACCAUUGCAAACGACGUCGUUCUUGUCACUAUAGCUACUCUUGGGUGCGGCAAGACGACCGUUGGCGUGGCAUUGACGCAUCUUUUUGGCUGGGGCCUCGUGCAGAAUGACAACAUUCGGGGACCGAAGCGCCCCGUUCAGAUGGUCGACUCAGUAUCGAAACUCCUCAUGAAGCACCCGGUCGUCAUAUCGGAUCGAAACAAUUCGGAGCGUUGGGAACGACAGCAAAUACUCGAAGAUGUCAGGAAACGCCACUUGGACGUCACGAUGAUCGCCCUGAACUUUUCCCAUAGCGACUUCGACGCGGUUCGGAAAGUUACCGAACAACGGGUGCUGAACCGGGGAAACAAUCACCAAACCAUCCAGGCUGCUUCUGACAAAACUAAGGUCAUUAAAAUUAUGGAGAAUUUCCUGUCGAGAUUCGAGCCGUGCGACCCGUCAAAAAGUCCGGACAACGGGUUCGACUUCGUCAUUGACUUGGAUCCGACGUUAGAUAGCCGAGCAAACGUGGAGACGGUGAUUAGAGAAUUACACGGAAAGUAUCCAGCAUUGGUCCCGGAAAUCCCGAGUGCAGAAGCGAUGGACGAAGCCGUCAAAGCUGCCAUCGAGGACUACAAGCCCGACUUGAGACAUACCAUCCCGGCGCGCAAGCAAAAGCAGGAUAAGCGAGACAACGCUGAGGGUUCCAACGCUGAGGGUUCCGAGCCCACGGCCGCCAAGAAGAAGCCACUGGAGUAUAUGUCCAUAUCCAUCCCCACUCCGGAUGUGAGCCAGGCACUAGAAGCCGCCUUUAAGGGCACGGACCCUGAAACCCAGCGAUUCUACAAGCAGCUGCAGCAGACGCGACGCAUCCAGGCUCGGUUCCAUGUCACGCUCAUGCAUCGCGCCUCGUCGAGAGAACACCCCGACCUGUGGCAGCGGUAUGUGAGCCUUGAAGCUGAGAAGGGUACCGCGGACGGGGCCCUGGGCGAGUGCGAAGUGAUACUCGAGCGGGUCGUGUUCGACGACCGUAUCAUGGCCAUCGCCGUGAGGCUAGUAGACGCGGAGCAGAAGUGGACCUGCGUCAACAAGGUGCCACACAUAACGGUCGGCACGCGCGACUUCAAGGUCAAGCCGAAGGAGAGCAACGGCCUGCUCGGUCGGUGGCUCGAGAUCGGCAGCGGCGGCGACACGGGCAUCGGCGAGCGGCUCAUCGAGGGCGGGGUCACGGUGAAGGGCACAGUCCACGGCGUCUUGUCGAGCUAGCGCUCCACGCGGCGAACUGCCGGACGGGCUCCUCCAGCCACGCUGGGGCCAAGUGUCGCCAACAGAAAUGCGGAAGGCACGAAAGGGAGACGGAAG